CUCGACUUUGCCAACAAUCUGCUCCAUUACCGCAGCAUAGACAGUUUGCAAUUUUUCUCACCCGGACUCUCAACCAAUUAUUCGUUGCUGAUAUCCACCAGUUAUCUUAUCGUCACCUUUUAAAAAUAGGGAGAUUAUUACCGCCCAGUAAUAAAUCUCGCUCUUUCUGACCUUCACCUUUCCGGCUGCAGGUUGUAGGCAAUUUUUUAAGGAUGAAGGGCUUCUUUGUCGAAUUAGGAGUCCUAGUCUUGCUCUCCUUGCUCCACUCGACGCUUCCAUACUUCAUCACGGUAGAUGCUCACGCGGAAGAGUGCUUUUUCGACAAGGUGCAAAAUGGGACGAAACUGGGGUUGACAUUUGAAGUGAUUGAGGGCGGCUUUCUCGACAUUGACGUGCGCGUCACGGGUCCCGACCAUGAAGAGAUUAUCUCGAGAGAAAGGGAAAGCAAUGGGAAAAUCACCUUCGCCGCGGCCAAGAUGGGAGCUUACACGUACUGUUUUAGUAACAAAAUGUCCACCAUGACUCCGAAAGGUGUCAUGUUCUCCAUGGACAUUGCAGAAGCUCAGGCAGCUGCUGCGGGCGGUGCUGACGGGGAAGCUCAUCCCAACAAAUUGGGUGAAAUGAUCAAGGAAUUGUCUACCGCGUUGGUGGGAGUGAAGCAUGAACAGGAAUAUAUGGAAGUGAGAGACAAGAUUCAUCGAAAAAUUAACGAGUCUACAAACUCUCGUGUCGUCAUGUGGUCAUUUUUUGAAGCCAUCGUCCUCGUAGCAAUGACUGUCGGUCAGGUUUACUAUCUCAAAAGGUUCUUUGAAGUCCGACGAGUCGUGUAG